GGAGCGAGGUUGAGUGAGCUCGACCUACUCCACCAGAUUCCGAAAACCAGCUCCAAGAGGAGUGUUCCAUUCUUGCUCACUUCAUCGCGCUCUUUCGUUUGAUUUUUGGGCAAUGGAACGAGUGGAACCUCUCUUCAAGGCUGCAAGGCUAAAAAAUCAGGACAAAGCUUAGGGUGACCGAAACAGUGAUGACACGACUACAAAUGCCUCCAUAUGAAUAAAACUUAUAUUAAAAUGUGUCGAUUGCGUCUACCACUAAGUAAGGUGCUCUAUUUCUGCCUUGUCAAAGUUGCCAUGUUUCCAGGAACGGAGCAAAGAGGGAUCAUGAACGUAAAGCCAUGUAUUUCCAUAUGAAAUGAAAACACCCUGGGUAUGAUUAGCCGAGUGGAACAGAUUUCCCCAAGGGCAAAAAUGUGUUCUCAGUGGUCUUGAAACCUUUGCUCCAAGGCUUGAAGGUGAGCCAGGAAAAUCCUGUGUGAACUAUGGUGGGUUUAGUGAAGACCAAUCGAUAUCACGAUCCACGAUGUCACAACAAGCAGCAGCAUUGGAUCGCCACCACGAGCUCCUCCUCAUCCACUUUCAUGGGCUUUCGAGACCGCGAACGGUCCUGGCUAAGGGUGGAUGCGUGUUGUAUCCGCCUUGACCUCAUCUUGGGCACCCAAAUUAUUGCCGCCUUUGGGUUCUUUUCUUCCAUCUUUGCUCUGUUCCUCAGCUACAAGAGCCUCAUUCAAAUAGAAUCUGGCAUUAUCUUCACCUUCCUAGCAUUGGUGGGCGUGUUCCUCUUCGCAGCGGUGCUCUUCCGCCAAGUUUUACUCCUUCUGAUUUGGCUUUUGAUUACCGGGGUGGAGAUCCUUGGCUUUCUGUUCGUUACCGUCCUCACCACUAUCUUAUGCGUUCGAGCCAUCGGCGUUUAUCCCAGCCCCGCCGAGGCCGAUCGGGCUUACAAUUACAUGAACUGGCUCGUGGUCCUGGGAGGCACGUCCUUCUGUAUGGCAGUGUUAUCCAUCUAUUUCUGGAUCGUGGUCUUUUCCUUGUUCCGCCAAUACGAAGAGGAGGAUUUUGAGGCGAAAACGCGAGAAUCCAUUAUGGUCAUCUAAAUUCGAAUCCAAACCACUCACUCAUUUGCCCUGUUUAUCCGUCUCUGUGUCUCUGUGUCUCUCUGUUUGAUCUAUCGGUCAGUGUGUCCUCGCUCCUCAUAAGCCUAUUCGGCGGCGACUCUUUCACAAUUGCUUCAUAAACCUAAUCUAGAGACAAAAUGGAACCCCUAAACGUUGCUCAAAAACAAAACAAAACCCAAUUGACAUUAUAUUGUGACGACUGGCUACUAUAACAUAUACUAUACAUUAGAUAGCAAGUCGAUUUCUCUCGACACUCAAGUAUGACAAGAAGGCUUUCAAUGGUAUUUUUCUCUGCCAAACGAACACUCUGUCUUCUUUUUCCUUUCGUGACCAGAGUUCUGUCCAAUGUUUAGGAAACGAAAUAAACGAUAAUUUUCGGAAAAAACCUUAUCUGUCAGACCGAAGCAUCAAAUUAGUAGCAAACUAGAUCGCACCAUUGGGUAACUACCGAGGGCUGGUGUUUGUGAUGGCCCGUCAUCCCGAUCCAGGGCUCUAAUUUCGGUCGGAUCAGCCGCUUCCCCACUUGACAUCAAUCCCUAUGCAAACCAGAUCAAUCCCCCACCGAGCACGGCAUCCUCGUCAAUCCGCUCCACUUGGUCGUUUGAAACCCUAGAAUGGGCUUCUUUGGAAAGAGUCUGGGGAUAAUGGUCAGUCAAGCGAAUUGGUCCACAAACCAAUAUUUAUCCGACAUUCAAAAGAGGGAUGGAGAGCAAGAAGACGUUAAUUUAUGCCCAAAAUAUACAAUU